AAAUAAAUCCAUGGAAAAGGUCAAGAAGUCACUGUUCAUCCAUUUCGUAUCAUACAUACAUCUCUCUGCCUUUGAUAUUUCUUGACACUUUCUCCUCUCCUUCCUGGAACAAUUCCCACAGCAUAACAUAUAAACAAGUAUGUGAGCUUCCAAUUCCAAACUAGCUAGAUAGACUUCACUUGUUUGGUUGGUUGCUGCAGCUAUAGUUUUCUUCCCAGAAUCAUGGGAAAUUGUUUGGCAAAACAAGGUGAUGAUGAUCAGGUUAAGAAGAAGAUUACUGCAGCCACCAAUAAACCACGCACAUCCCCUGCUACAGCACCCGUAGAAUGUAGCAUUAUUCAUGAUGCUACUGCAGCACUAGAGGCACCUUGUACCGGGAAGAUCGUGAAGCCGAAUCUGAAAAUGUUCCCAUUGGAUGAUUUGAAAACUGCCACAAGAAACUUCAAACCAGACACGAUUCUCGGAGAGGGUGGUUUUGGGCGUGUUUUCAAAGGAUGGAUCGAUCCCAAGACCUUCAAGCCCUCAAGAGUUGGUGUUGGAAUCCCUGUUGCUGUCAAGAAAUCUAGCUCUGACAGCCUCCAAGGUUUAGAAGAAUGGCAGAGUGAAGUGAAAUUUUUGGGGAAGUUCUCUCAUCCAAACCUGGUUAAACUACUAGGAUACUGCUGGGAGGAAAGUUGUUUCUUGCUUGUGUAUGAGUACAUGCAGAAGGGGAGCUUGGAAAGCCACCUAUUCAGAAAAGAAGGUCCAGAACCCCUUUCUUGGGAUAUAAGGCUCAAGAUAGCCAUAGGAGCUGCUAGAGGCCUUGCUUUCUUGCACAAUUCAGAAAAAUCUGUCAUCUACAGAGAUUUCAAGUCCUCCAACAUUUUACUUGAUAGGGAUUUCAAUGCAAAGCUUUCCGAUUUUGGGUUGGCAAAGCUUGGCCCUAUCAAUGGAAGAUCUCACAUAACCACGCGGGUCAUGGGCACCUAUGGAUAUGCAGCCCCUGAGUACAUGGCCACAGGUCAUCUCUACGUGAAAAGUGACGUGUACGGAUUUGGUGUGGUUCUGCUGGAAAUAUUAACGGGCCUAAUAGCACUGGACAAAAACCGGCCCACGUAUGAGCAGAAUUUGGUGGGUUACGCGAUGCCAUCUCUAAGUGACAAAAAGAGUCUAAAAAAGAUAAUGGACCCAAAGAUGGACCAACAGUAUUCAAUAAAAGCAGCACUUCUAAUAGCUCAGCUUAUACUCACAUGUUUGGAAUCUGACCCAAAGAACAGGCCUUCUAUGGAGGAUGUUUUGAGUACCUUAGAGAAGGCCCAAAGCAUCAAACAUAAGCCCAAAGUGAAGAAAGCACUAAAUAAGGAGCAGCCCAAACCAAUUCAUUACAGCAAUGGUUACUCCAAAUCAAGAACUCACUCCCCUCAAUAGUAAUCUACUAUGUACCACAUGUGGUUUUCUUUUGUUAAGAAUAUGGUAGAAUAGAAAGAACACACAUCUAGACUAUAGGACAGGACAUUAGUGACAUGCUAAGGAGAUCAAUAAAAGUUCACUCUUGCGUAGGUGCGCCAGAUGAUCUCUCUAAAGUUACCACAGGUCUUCUUUAAUUAACCAUUAUAUGUUGUUAAUUAGUAAUACAUGAGUUCCAAUCCAUCCCCUGAAUUGCACUUUACUAUAUGUGCACAUAUAAUUGUUAUAUUAGAUGUAAACUCUCUUAGAAUUAAUGUUUAGAUAGCUUAUUUUGUCGCA